AAGCUACUUUCUCUUGACGUUUUUGUUAAACAUAUUGAUUCAUGAAUCAAAUUCGCAGAACGACAUGAGAUUGAGUUCGGUUCAAUUAAAUUAUCUGCAGGGUAAGAAACUCUACCGCAAUGUGUUGACCUGGUCGGAUUAUUAUUGGCCAAAUAGCACACUAGUUUACAGUGUUGGCAAAGGAAUGACUUUCUCCGACUACAUGUCAAUAAUGGCGGCCAUGUCAGACAUUUCCUCCCAAACUUGUGUGAGAUUCCGACGCACCUACGACCUUAAGGAACCGCAGGUGAUUCUACAAAGAACAGAACUUGGUUGUUGGUCCCACAUUGGAUACCAGGGCGAGAAGCAGACUCUUAAUUUGGGUGUUGGUUGCAUGUCCCAAGGUAUUAUUCAACACGAGUUACUUCAUGCCCUUGCUCUUCUCCAUAUGCAUAAUGAUCCCAGAAGGAAUCAGUUUGUAAAAAUUAAUUUGAAGAAUGUCAGAGAAGACGAAAAACAUAACUUUCAGAUCUAUGAUUCAAAUGACUUUAAUCUCGGCUAUGAUUAUGAUAGUGUAAUGCACUACGGACCCUAUGCGUUCUCCAGAAAUGGCAGACCCACAAUAGUUCCAUUACAGAAGGGUGUCAAAAUAGGUCAACGACUUGGCCUAAGUCAAAAGGAUGUGCUCAAACUGAAAAGGAUAUACUGUUAGUCAGGGCGCCAAAAUCGAGAAAUAUUUAUUUUAUUCUUAAUGAUAUUAUCAUAACUUAAAAUAUACUUUUAUUUUUAGUGAUAAUAUCUAAGGUUAAAGUGUACAUUACAAGUAUUUAAGCAGGAUUAAAUGAUAUUUAUUUAAA